UUCGUUGUUUCUUAGAAACGUAGUAGCCCAUACAAUGUCUCUCGUUCCUCGUAUACUCAUUGCGAACCGCGGCGAAAUUGCCGUACGGUGUAUCCAAGCGUGCAAACAGCUAUCGUUCCCAUGCGUCUCUAUUUUUACCACGGCGGAUGCUAGUUCGCUUCAUGUGCGCCUUGCUGAUUCGAGCGUCCUGCUUGAAGAAGAAGGGCCUCGAGCAUACACAAAUAUUGAUGCGAUCCUUGAGAUUUGCCAGAAGCAAGACAUCAACGCCAUCUUUGUUGGGUACGGGUUUCUAAGCGAAAAUGCGGAAUUUGCUCGUCGGGUUCACGAUGCAGGCAUGAUCUUCAUAGGCCCUGAUAGCGAAGCAAUCUAUCAAAUGGGCUUGAAACAUGUAGCGAGAGGCCUGGCCACUGCCGCAGGUAUCCCUGUUAUUCAAGGCUCUGGCUUAUUGAGGAAUGCAGCGGAGACGCUUGAAAUAGCACAGAAGAUAGGCUUCCCGGUCAUAGUAAAAGCUUCUGGUGGCGGCGGCGGUAUGGGUCAAUAUAUUUGCGAGAGCGAGAACGACGUUCCGAAAGCAUUUGCCAAUGUGGAGAGCCGCUCGAAAGAACUUUUCGGCGAUACGGGAGUCUUUUUAGAGAAAUACUAUGGCUCCAGCCACCACAUCGAGAUUCAAGUCUUUGGAAACGGGACAGGCGAAGUGGUAGAUUUUGGCGAACGAGAAUGUAGUAUUCAAAGACGCCGCCAAAAGGUGAUAGAAGAGUCUCCUAGUCCGUAUCUAGUUAGCCGGCCCGAGUUAAGGAGUCGUCUUAUCUCCUCCGCCUUGACUCUCGCAAGAUCUAUCAACUACUCUUCAGCUGGAACUGUAGAGUUUCUCGUCGACGAUAAAACGGGCGACUUCUUCUUUUUGGAGAUGAAUACCCGUUUGCAAGUCGAGCACGGCGUCACGGAACUUUGCUACGGUGUGGAUCUUGUCGCUUUGAUGCUACAGCAGGCCAAGCAUCAACUGUCCAAAGAAUCCGGAAUUCCUUCUGACGAGCUUCUGAGGAUACGAGCAGAGGCGGCCCCGAAAGGCUCCGCAAUCGAAGCCCGGGUAUGCUGUGAGAACCCAGCUGAUUCUUUCCUACCUAGCUCCGGUUUUGUCCAGUCAGUUGUUUGGCCUAAUCAACACGCUCGGGUGGAUACAUGGAUACAGCUUGGCACAUUUGUUAGCCCCUAUUUCGACUCCCUGUUGGCCAAGGUAAUUGUACAUGGUGCUACAAGAGAAGAAUCAAUUGCGACUAUGCGAAAAGCCUUGGAUACCUCAGAAGUCGGCGGGCUUGUGAUGAACUUGACAAUGCUGAAGUCGAUAAUUACUUCGACAGAAUUCUCCAGAGGAACAACCCUUACGACAUUCCUAGAUACACAAUUCACCUUCCAUCCUACGGGCAUCCAAAUUGAUGAUCCAGGUGUUUUCACCACCGUCCAGCAAGCUUGUAACAGGACACGCAAAGGUUAUGGAAUACCAACGAGUGGACCAAUGGAUGACUUGGCUGCGACUAUUGCCAAUUUGCUCGUCGGGAACUCGGAGGAUAUAGAAUGUCUCGAAGUCACGGCUCGUGGACCCAAGCUCAAAUUCUUUAGCUUAAGUGUGAUAGCUAUUACUGGCUCACCGUUUUCCGUGGAGGUGAACGGAAACGUUAAGCAGAUGUGGUCCAGGAUUAUUAUGAAUCAGGGCGAUGUACUAAAGAUAGGAGCAUCCGCCAGUCCGGGAGGCCGAUGCUACAUUGCGAUCCGAGGAGGAUUUCCAGGGGUGCCCGAAUGGCUUGGAUCCAAGUCCACCACACCGAACCUCGCCCUGGGCGGUAUACAAGGUCGACAACUACGACGUGGUGACCAUAUCGAACUAGUCCAUAUCGAAAAAUCCGAUCUACCUGAUGCGUAUCAACUCCCAUCGGACUUAAUUCCUCCCACCACUGUGACAGAUAUCUAUGUGAUGCACGGUCCACACGAUUCCGACGACUACAUCACAGAAACCGGCAGACAAAUUCUCUACUCGACCGAGUGGACUGUGGACCAUAAUUGCAACCGAACGGGGAUACGCCUAAUUGGUCCACAGAUUGAGUGGGCACGAGAAAACGGAGGGGACGGCGGUAGUCAUCCAAGCAAUAUUAUCGACUAUCACUAUCCAUCGCCAGGGGGGAUUAACUGGACAGGUGAUACCGGCGUGAUUUUCCCGCAAGAUUCUCCUGGACUCGGCGGCUUUCUUUCCUCCUCUACGGUUGUCUCCGCAGAUCUAUGGAAACUAGGAAGACUCAAACCUGGCGACAAGACGAGGUUGACGCCGGUAUCUUACAGUUCCGCUCGGAAGAUAGCUAGCCAGAAGGCGAGUUUCAUCGGUACAGUUGCAAAGCAUAUAUCUAGCGGCAUUCUAGAACAAGAGCAUGCGCUGUCUCUUUUGGAGAUAAAGGAAAAGCAUCUAAGGCCAGAUGCAAUAUUGCAAGUAGUUUCGAGUGGCCAUGGGGGACCGAGACUGACAUUACGCCAAGGCGGCGACCGCUUUAUUAUCGUCAAUGUCGACGUCUCUGAAGAAGCAGGCCUCGAGACCUCAGUAGCAGCAAAUAAUCUGGCCAGAGCCAUCCAGAGCCGUAACAUCCCGGGGACUUUUAUUCACAUUAGCAUUAAUUCCAUCACUGUUGAGUACGAGCCGGGCAUAAUUUCCCAGCCAGAUGUAGUUCUCUUAAUCAAGGAAGCCCAUCAACAAAGCAGCAAUAUCGAGAAGCCUUUGGCAGCGCGUCGCUUUCGCCUCCCUAUUGUCUUCGAUCAUCCUUCGGUCCGCGAAGCGGAGAGUCGUUAUACCACCUUGCAACGCAAUAAAGCUGCCUAUGUCCCAGAUAACGUCUCUUAUGUGCAAGAGAAUAACGGGCUUGCCUCCCGUAGUGAUGUUUUCGAGAUCCUUCUCAAGACGCGAUUUCUCGUCGUCACUGUCGGCUUUAUGUCAGGAUUGCCACUCUUAUGGCCUCUCGAUCCUAUGGCGCGCCUAACGUCUCAGAAAUAUAACCCAACGCGUAUCUCUACACCCCCUGGUACAGUGGGCCUUGGGGGUGGUAUGUUCUGCAUAUAUCCAGCUGACCAGCCUGGUGGUUAUAUGAUGCUUGCCAAGUCAAUUCCAGUCUGGGACACGUACGCCUUACGGCCAGGCUUCAGGGAAGCGAAGCCGUGGCUAUGCGAGCCAUUUGACCUAGUGGACUUUUACGAGGUGAAUCUCGAUGAGUACGAGGAAAUUUCAAGGCAGUUUGAGGCCGGCGUAUAUAAGAUACAGGUUGAAGAAACUGUAUUUGAUUUCCAAGCCGAACUUGCUAAGGAUCAGGAGAAACGCAAUCUACCAGAGACGCUCGAAUUUCGCGCCAAGCAGGGAGCAGCAGAAGAACUUAUGCGUGUCCGCGAAGAAAAGCUACUAUCAGAGUGGCAGCUGGACCAGGAACGGAAUCAUGCCAGCGCUCAAGAGAUAACUGACGUAGGGUCAGGAGUAGUGACGGUCUCGUCGCCUCAGAUGGGAAAGGUGUGGAAGAUUCAAGUUAAUCGCGGUGAUGUAAUAGAGCAAGAGAAAGUGAUUGUUAUACUUGAAGCCAUGAAAAUGGAGAUUCCAGUCAUAGCAGAGGAAUCUCAUCAUGGUUUCGUAGUUAAGGAAGUUCUGGUUCAAGAAGGAACGUUAGUAUCAUCCGGGACUUUGCUUGUUCUCCUUCAGAAGCCUGAUUAAAUCGGGUUAUCUGCAGUUACGGGUCGGAAAUGUCUAGGUACAUAGGUGAUGCAUCCUUCGCUCAUACAAUCAGGGAAUUAUACGUGUUAAGGGAUAAGUGGAAUCUCUAAUGUGUUAACGAGUCCAACUACUCCACGUGGAGAACAUCUGGAUAUCGGUAACUUCAGCAACUGGGUACCUAUUUACCCUCUAAUCUUGUACGAUUGCUCCUAGAUAUUUUAAUUCACCUUUGUUUACUCCUAAGAUCAAGAUUCCGGAAGCAAGCCU